CACCUUUUUACGAGAUUUGAAAAGAAUCGCGGAAAAUUAUUAAAAUUAUCAGAGAAUUCUUUACGAUAAUAUUGAAACGAUGAAGUCCUAUGUAUAUAUAUAUAUAAACACGAUAAUAUUAGGCAACAAAUUUUAAAUUUUAUCGAUUAUAUGAGUGUGAAUAGUCAUUUUCGAUGUAUUUUUGCCUGCUGAGCAUAAAUCCGUUGUCCAAAUUCGGCUAGCACAUCUUUGAGAAAAAUGGCAUCAAAGUUGUAAAAAGGGCAUUUUUUAUGGUUUUCGUGACGUAGCACGGCAGCAAAUUUUUUUCCUUAAUUUCAUAAAUGCCAUGCGAAAGUGCCAACUUUUAGCUUUAAAAUGCCUUAUGCUUCGUUUUGGUACGAUUAUUCGUUUCUGAGAUAUAGCUAGAAUUACAGAACUAAAGUUAAAUAUUACACUGUAGAGUGUAGGCACUCGGACGAGGGAACCUCUUCUCCCACUCAGCUCAGGACUGUCAACACGUAUCGCUUCGCCUAAUUGUCAUUGAAAGACAUAUUUCGGGCCAAGUUUAUGUGCAGUGAGGCCGCGAGGUGACGUAUUACUACGGAAGUAAGUUAUUGUUUCAGAAACGAAUAAUCGUACCAAAACGAAGCAUAAGGCAUUUUUAAGUUGGCACUUUCGCAUAGCAUUAAUAAAAUUAAGGAAAAAAAUUUGCUGUCGUGCUACAACGUCACGAAAACCAUCAAAAAUGCCGUUUUUACAACUUUGAUGCCAUUUUUUUUCAAAAUUGUGACGUUCUAGCCGAAUUUGGACAACGGAUUCAUGUUCAGCAGGCAAAAAUACAUCGAAAAUGACUAUUCACACUCGUGUAAUCGACAAAAUUUAAAAUUUGUUGCCUAAUAUUGGGUGCUUUCCAUUUAGUAACAUAAGUCGACACAAGCAUCAUUCUAUCUUUUUUUGUGUUCAAUGAGUAACAAAGAUAGAGCGAUACUUGUAUCGACUUGUGUUACUAAAUGGAAAGCACCCAUUAUCAUUUUUAAUGGCUUUUUCCAUUCUAAUCGUGAUUCUGAGUCCGCCAUUUUGAAUUUUCAAAAACGCCAUACGGCAUUGAAAAAUAGACACUUCAAGGAAAAUUUGAAGCCCUUUUACAGCAUUUUAUCUCAAAAAUUGAAGUGGCCAAGGGAAGGGGGUGGCCUUUUUGACAGAGAACGCCCCAUAUAUGUGUGUGUGUAUAUAUAUACACACACACACACACACACACACAUUAGAUGCAAGCACUUCGAUUACAAAGCUGUCAAUUUUGUUAAAUAUCAGAUAAUUAUGUAUAAUAUCUUAAUUGAUUACAUAAUUCACAACAUUCAAUAUUCAAUCACAUAAUACCUUACGUCUUUUGUUUCUUCCUUUUUUUCCAGUCCAUUACUUUCAUGCAUUGUAGAAUAAAAAAUUUGCGCUACAAUAUUUUACAUUGUAACAAAAUAUCAGUUGACCUGGGGUACUCUAGAUCUCGAAUUGGGUAUAAAUUUCGUACAUAUCUCGUAAAAGUCUUCUUACAGAUAAGCACAUAUAUCUCGAGAAGGAAUUCAAUCGAUUAUAUUUUAUAUACAUAGGGUCUUGCCUAACUUGACUACCUUGAAUAUCCCAUUUAUUUUUAACAACAAAAAAUAUCGGAAUGUCAGGAAGUCAUCUUGUACGAAAGAUAUAAAUAUAUGAUAAAUAAUUUUGCGAUUCUAAAAUUAUCGUCAUUUUAUUAAUUAAAAUUACAUAAUUUGAUUUUUUUGGUUAUUCCGCAUAAAUAACAGUAUUUUAAAGUAAUUAUAAAAAAAUAAGUCUAUUACGCGACAGCGCACGUGAGCACCCAAAUAUUUCUGACGUAGUUAGUUAUCGCAGCGCGCAUUUUUUCACGACUAUCGUAGAAUUUUAACAUUAUCAACCAACUGGCAGCUGACGUCACCGUUAAGGAUUCUCGGUGGUAAUCGUCCACGUGUUCGCGCCCGUCCCCUUUUUUGCCCCGGUUGUCUCUUCGUUCUGCCGUAUCGUCGUUCCCCGUCUUUCAGGGAUUCGUGUCGUUAAUAAAAACAAUCGCGGCCUCGACAUACGUGAGCAAAAAAAAAGCGGAUAACGACUAUAACGUAUUGCAAGAUGAGGCUGUGGCGGGGUUGUGAUUUACGGAAGAGGAUUCGGAUUCGUGCAUGGGAAGUAGUUCUGAAACUUUUGCCUAUCUCAUUGUCACAAUCCGAAACUGAUAAUCACCUCCUCGGAAGGAUGAGAGGGGUGGGAAACGCAGGAUAUGAAUAAAGGCGCGCAACCGAGAGUCUUCCGAAUGUUUAAAAGAACGCCCACGCUUCCUCGUCACAUCGCACCUCGUCGCAUCUCAUUUUCCAUUUCUCAAAUAUAUGAUUUAGUAUUUAUUGUCUUUUACAUAUAUUUACAUUUUACUUUACAAAAGUAAAAGUUCAUGAAUUAUUUAAUCGCGGUUAUGCGAAAAAUUUUGUUUAAAUGUCAGUAUAAUUGGAAUAGUGUUAUAAUAAAUUAGUGUAUAGUGAUAUCUUCAUUGAAAUCCACAAGAUAAAACGAGGGAAUCUACAUAUGGUAAACGUAUUGUAAUACGAGCAUAUUGCUCCGUAAAAAGUGACUUCCUAUUGAGAUGAUUGCGCACCGGUGUUUUGUCUCACUGCUAUGUUAUGGAUUCAUCAUUCAAAUAAACGGCUUAUUUCGUACACGCGGGCUGUUCCCUCCGCGUACCGAUCCUAAUCUACUGGUCGAAGAUAGAGUAAGACAGAGCGGCUACCCUUUUGAGCUUCAUCAUGUAACAACUGAUGACGGUUAUAUAUUGGCCGUUCAUCGAAUACCUAAUUAUUCGAAUAAACCUGUUGAGAAUCAUCGAGUAGUGUUAAUCAUGCACGGAUUAUUGGGAUGUUCGAUGGAUUGGCUGAUAACUGGUCGGAAUCGAUCAAUCGCUUAUCUCCUGGCUGAUGAGGGUUAUGACGUGUGGCUUGGCAAUAACCGUGGGACCACGAACUCGAAGAACCACACGACCCUUUCCAUACAAAGCGCUCAAUUCUGGGACUUUAGCUGGCACGAGCUGGGUACGCACGAUUUACCCGCUAUGAUAGACUACAUAUUGGCUCAAACCGGCCAACAGCAGCUGUUCUACAUAGGCUUCUCUCAAGGAACAACGCAAUUUUGGGUUCUUACAUCUCUUAAACCAGAAUACAACAAAAAAAUCAAGCUUAUGUCUGCUUUAGCCCCCGUGGCUUUCACCGGACAUAUUGGCGGACUGCUGAGACCUCUGAGUUUCUUCGCGAACAUUUUUAAGGUAUUUUACAAGUUCUCCGGAUAUUUUGAAGUAUUAGCAAAUUCGGAACUAGAAAAAUUCAUAACGCGUAACCUUUGUCAUGAAGAAAUUUUCACUCAACCCUUUUGCGCGUUGAUCGUGUCCAUGGUUGGAGGCUUCAGCACCAAUGAGACAGAUUACAUGCACUUGGCGGAUUAUCUGCAAUUUGCGCCGGCGGGGUGCUCGUACAAACAAUUGGUUCAUUACGCGAUGGGUAUUCAGAAUCCAGGACAUUUUCGGCCUUACGAUUACGGGAUGCUGAGAAAUCUCAUAAUUUACAAGCGAUUUGUACCGCCAGAGUAUCCCAUACAAAAGAUUACGGCACCGGUGAUUUUGUAUCAUGGUUUGAACGACGUCUUAGCCGCUCCAGAUGACGUUAAGAUAUUGAAUGGAAAAUUGCCGAAUAUUUUGGAGGAUCAUAUGGUGACGCUAAAGAGAUUGAAUCACUUUGAUUUCGUAUACGGUUUGCACAUACGAGAUCUUGUGUACAAUCAUCUGAUUGAAAGAAUGAAUUCCAUACCGUAAAGGGUAAAAUCCAAGUUCUCAAAUAUUAUUUAUGAUCUCCGCAAAUGGUUUGGAUUAAUCGUAAUUUUAUACAUUUUAAAUAUAUAUAAUUAAUACUUUGAUCAAAUCUCUAACAACCUUUCUGAUUCUCAUGCACAUGGGAUUAAUAUGGAAAACACGUGAACCACUUUAACUAAUUUUGCAUCAACUUUAUUUCACGUUCAUCUUUUUCGUAAUCGUAUAAAUUUUGAUUACGAUCCUUUUCGUUUAGAAAAGAAAACAGAUUUUUGUACAUUAAAGUGAAUAAUAUUAGAUGAAUUUAUAAUACGUAGCCAUAAGUAUUACUAUUUAUUAUGUAAUGUUACGAUUUUUUAUACACUAUCUGAGAGAAGAGAUUGAACGUGUGAUGCAUAUUAUAAACAUUGUAAUUGUA